CGCCUGACCAAACACACCAAGUUCGUGCGAGACAUGAUCAGGGAGGUGUGUGGCUUUGCUCCCUACGAGCGCCGAGCGAUGGAGCUGCUCAAGGUGUCCAAGGACAAACGUGCUCUCAAGUUCAUUAAGAAACGGGUGGGCACUCACAUCCGUGCCAAGAGGAAGCGUGAGGAGCUCAGCAACGUCCUGGCAGCCAUGAGGAAAGCUGCUGCAAAGAAGGACUGA